GUCUUCUUGUGGGUACACAAGGCCUUAUUCCAGGCCCUAUGGCCUGUGAGACCUCAACACUGGGGGGAAGGCUGGGCUGGACAGAGUCAUCACCAGUGGGGCUGGCCCCAUGGAUAAGGUGGAGUGGAUACACCGACACCCCAAGGCUGAGGACCUAAGAGUUGGGCUUAUCACCUGGGCAGGAACCUACCUCACCUGUGAGGCAUGUAAGAAUUCAGUCACUGCUACAGCGAAGACGUUGGGCAAGCGACAGACCUGGGAGCUGCUGGUGAGCAAUGAACAUGAGACUCAGGCCGUGGUACGACUGAAGAGCUGGCAGGGUUUCUACCUUCUUUGUGAGGCAGAUGGCAGCGUGUGCUACGGGCGGCCCAGGAGCAGCCACCAUGGCUGCUUCCUGCUCCGCUUCCACCGGAAUGGCAAGUGGACCCUCCAGUGCAUCAUCUCCGGCCGGUAUCUGGAGUCCAACGGCGAGGAUGUGUUCUGCAACUCCAGGGUUCUCUCAGCGUACCAUAUGUGGACACCUCGGCCAGCUCUGCACGUCCACGUUAUCCUGUACAAUCCCACCAGCCACACCUACGCCCGGGCUGACCCCACGGUGGGUCGCGUCUGGGUGGACGCAGCAAUCCCAUGCCUGGAGGAGUGUGGUUUCCUCUUGCAUUUCCAAGAUGGAUGCUACCACUUGGAGACCUCAACACACCACUUCUUGUCCCAUGUGGACCGGCUGGUCACCCAGCCCUCGUCCCAGACAGCUUUUCACAUGCAAGUGCGGCCUGGAGGCCUGGUGGCCCUGUGUGAUGGAGAAGGAGGCACACUGUACCCGCAGGGCACACAUCUGCUUCUAGGUUUGGGCUCUAAUCCCCUGAGGGGCGAGGAGUGGUUCAUCCUGCAGCGCUGCCCAGCCUGGGUCAGUCUCAGGUCAAGGACUCGGAGGUUCAUCUCAGUCAUCUACGACGCCGAGGUGUGCGCUGCCUCUGAGCGCUUGACCUCCAUGUCCUUGUUCCAGUUUGAAUGUGACAGCAAGAGCCCCACCUUGCAGCUGCGUUCGGCCAAUGGCUACUACCUAGCCCAGAGGCGCCACAGGACAGUGAUGGCUGACGGGCACCCAAUGGAGUCGGACACCUUCUUCCGUGUGCACUGGAACUGUGGCAAGAUCCUCCUGCAGUCCUCCAAUGGGCGCUUCCUGGGCAUCGCAGCCAACGGUCUUCUGAUGGCCAAUGCCACCAUCCCAGGCCCAAACGAGGAACUGGCAUUCCGAUUUACCAACCGACCUUUCGUGGUGUUGCGAGGUCGAUACGGGUACGUGGGCUGCUCGGCAGAACACGACCUCCUGCAAUGCAAUCUGGACCAGCCCGACUGUAUCCACCUUCUCCCCUGUCGCCAGGGCAUCUACCACUUCCAGGCACAGGGUGGCUCCUUUUGGUCAAUAACAUCCUUUGGCACUUUUCGCCCCUGGGGAAAGUUUGCCCUCAACUUCUGCAUAGAGCUUCUGGGGAGCAACUUGCUCACCGUCCUGGCGCCCAACGGCUUCUACAUGCGAGCAGAUCGGAGCGGCACCCUACUGGCAGACAGCGAAGAUAUUACCAGAGAGUGUAUCUGGGAAUUUUAGGUCCAUGGAGUGUCACCUUCCAAAUUACAAAUCUUCCCAAAAUGACUACUGCCCUAAAUGGAAUGGGAACCCCGGAGUCAAGAACCAAGAGACUAUCUGUUAUACAACUUUUCCUACCCAGUAUAGCAAAACAUCUGUUUCAAGCAAAAAUAUAACGUAAUGGGCCACCCAAA